CUGCUUGUUUGCACUCGGCUGAUCCAGAGCGGAAAUUCCUUUCCGUUUUUGUGAAUGACAAACUCAUUAACAAUUCAUCAACACAAACCUGUUCCAGCCGGCCCGUCUCCAGGGCAACCAGCGUUCGAGAGCUCGCUGAUUGGCUGCGGCGCACAAUGUAUCCAUUGAGUCGCUGGCUGUUUGUAUCCAUUCAGUAGCUGGCUGGCCGCGCGGGGCUGAUUGAUCAGAAAAGAGAAAGAGAGAGCGAGAGCGGCGCCCACAGACACACGGUGCGGCCAGGCUGACAGGGGGAGCUGCGGGAGGAGGAGCCCGAGCCCAAUUCACUCAUUCACAUCUUUAAUUGGAUUUCCAGUCCCCACUUCAAGACGGGUGGCGACCAUAAGCAGCCAAGCAACUAGCCAGCCCUCCCAUUGAGAAAAUCAAUCAAUCCAGCCAGUUAGCCAGGGACUACUGCAAUCCUCCAACCACCUACCCAGUACCUACCGCUAGCCAGGGACUACUGCAAUCCUCCAACCACCUACCGAGUACCUACUGCUAGCCAGCACUCCCAUUGAGAAAUCCAGCCAGCCAGCUAGCCAGCACUCCCAUUGAGAAAUCCAGCCAGCUAGCCAGGGACUACUGCGAUCCUCCAUCCACCUACCUACUUAUCCAGUACCUACCGCUAGCCAGGGACUACUGCGAUCCUCCAUCCACCUACCUACUUACCCAGUACCUACCGCUCUCCAUCUCCCGGGGGCUGCCCGCCCAUGCCCCAGUAGCCAGGCCGUGCCCCGAGCGAGCCCUCAAUGAUAGACAAGCUGAGACCCGUGCUCCCCGCUGCAGACAUGGCGGUCAGUAAGUCGGUGGCCUGGCUGAACGAGCAGCUGGAGAUGGCCGGGGACCGCCUGCUGCUCAUGGACUGCCGGCCGCUGGAGCUCUACGAGUCGUCCCACAUCGAGGCGGCCAUCAACGUGGCCAUCCCGGGCAUCAUGCUGCGCCGGCUGAAGAAGGGGAACCUGCCCAUCCGCUCCCUCUUCACCAGCGGGGAGGACCGGGACAGGUUCGCCCGGCGCUGCGGGACCGACACGGUCAUCCUGUACGACGAGAGCAGCAGCGAGUGGAACGAGAACACGGGCGGGGAGUCCGUGCUGGGGCUGCUCAUGAAACGGCUGAAGGACGAGGGCUGCAAGGCUUAUUACCUGGAAGGUGAGGGGGGAACACACCUGUAACUGGGGGGCUCUCACAGGCUACUGUGCAAUGUACGACUGUCACACCUGGCAUGGGGGUCUGUGCAAUGCACGACUGGCACACAUGGCAUGGGGGUCUGUGCAAUGCACGACUGUCACACCUGGCAUGGGGGUCUGUGCAAUGUACGACUGUCACACCUGGCAUGGGGGGGGUCUGUGCAAUGCACGACUGUCACUGGGGGGAGGGGGUCUGUGCAAUGCACGACUGUCACACCUGGCAUGGGGGGAGGUCUGUGCAAUGCACGACUGUCACAACUGGCAUGGGGGGAGGUCUGUGCAAUGCACGACUGUCACACCUGGCAUGGGGGGAGGUCUGUGCAACACCUGGCAUGGGGACUGUCACACCUGGUACUGUGCAAUGCACGACUAUUACACCUGGCAUGGGGCGGUCUGUGCAAUGCACGACUGUCACACCUGGCACUGGGGGUCUGUGCAAUGCACGACUGUCACACCUGGCAUGGGGGGAGGUCUGUGCAAUGCACGACUAUUACACCUGGCAUGGGGGCGGGUCUGUGCAAUGCACGACUGUCACACCUGGCACUGGGGGGUCUGUGCAAUGCACGACUGGCACUGGGGGGUCUGUGCAAUGCACGACCGUCACACCUGGUAUGGGGGAGGUCUGUGCAAUGCACGACUGUUACACCUGGCAUGGGGGCGGGUCUGUGCAAUGCACGACUGUCACACCUGGCACUGGGGGGUCUGUGCAAUGCACGACUGGCACUGGGGGGGUCUGUGCAAUGCACGACUGUCACACCUGGUAUGGGGGGGGGUCUGUGCAAUGCAUGACUGGCCGGGGGUGGGGUGGAGGGGGGGUUCUGUGCAAUGCACGAUCGUCUCACAUAUCUGGCACUGGGAGUUCUGUGCAAUGCACGACUGUCCCAGGUUAAUGUGCAGUACACGGCUGUCACACACAACUGUCACAGGGGCUAAUGUGCAGUGCAUGUUUGUCACGCAUCUGUCACUGGAGGGGUCUGUACAUGCACAACUGUUCCAUACACCACUGGCACUGGAGGGACUGUGCAAUGUACAUUUGUCUCACACCUCUGGAGGAGGGGAUCUGUACAAUGUACAUUCCUGGCAUGGAGCUCUCUCUUCAAUGCUUGAAUGGCACACAUCUGGCUAAUGGGUGACUUUCAAUGAGAGACUGUCACACACACCUGGCAAGUGGGUGCAAUGCAUGACUGUCACACAUUUGACACGAACGUGUCGGUGUUGUGCAAUGCUCAACGUUCACUCUCAUUGCACUGCUUGUGUGUGCAUUGCACGACUGUCACUCUCAUGCCGGCUUGUAAAGCAAGUUAUAGGCAUUGCUUGGAAGGGAUUACUAGAGGACAUGAUCAGAUGCAGAGCCAGUCAGAGGGUUUUUUCUUUUUUUCUCAAUAUAGUGCAGAUUGAAAUGGCUGCUGUUAGUGGGCCCCUGAUGGCAGAGCACAGAUUUGAUAUAAUGGUAGGGGACUUGUAGGACUGGCUUUGGUGGGCUGGAUUGUGCUCUGUAAGAUAAAUAGAAUGGCAAUUAAAAAUCAUUUAUCCUAUUAAAGUCCAUGUUAAUAAUUAAACCUCAUCUCUGAUCUUAGAAUGUGUGCUGACAUAGCGCUCCUCUAUGUGCUGAUCGGAUAUCACUGUCUGUGUCCUCUAGUAAUGGUGAAAGUGUAAUUUGGUCUAUUUAAAAAAAUCUUCUGCUCUGUAAAUGUUGCUUAAGGGAUCUAAAAGGCAUUGGGGCUUACAAAAAAAUAACUUUAGCAUGUUCUAUAGCGAAUUGCUAAAUAAGUGUGUGUGUGUGUGUGUGUAUAACUUUAUACUAAAUACAAUUUUUUAUUUUUUUUUCUAUAUUCGAUAUGUAAUAUCCCCACUCCAUGUUUACUACGUGUUUUAUGGUUAUUUUGAGUUGUUUCAGUACUGCCAAUAAAAACACUUAUCUAAAUUAUCAUUUCCAUUCAGAUGCAAAGUCUUGGUGCACUUGAUAACCCUGUGGUGUUAUUAAAAGGCAAAAGACUUUAGGAUUUAAAAAAAAAAAAAAAAAAAUUCUGUUUGAUUUAGCUGCUUUCGUGGGGUAUAUUCUAAAUUGUUUUUUUGCUGAUAUUGCAAUUAUCGUUGCCAAUAUUAAUAACUUUCUCUUCCUUUUUAACAGGUGGUUUCAACAAAUUCCAGGCAGAGUUUCCUGUGCAUUGUGAGACGAAUCUGGACAGUUCAUGCAGCAGUAGUUCCCCACCAGUGCUUGGUUUGGGAGGCCUUAGAAUCAGCUCGGAUUCUUCAUCUGAUAUAGAGUCUGACAUUGACAGAGACCCUGUCAGUGCAACCGAUUCUGAUGGAAGUCCCCUUUCCAAUACCCAGCCAUCAUUCCCAGUCGAAAUUCUGCCCUAUCUGUACCUCGGCUGUGCCAAGGAUUCUACUAACCUGGAUGUCUUAGAAGAGUUUGGCAUAAAGUACAUCCUAAAUGUGACCCCAAACCUGCCUAAUCUUUUCGAGAAUGCUGGGGAGUUUAGAUACAAGCAGAUUCCCAUCUCAGACCACUGGAGCCAAAACCUGUCACAGUUUUUCCCCGAAGCGAUCUCAUUUAUUGGUAAGUGCAAUUUUGUUCAGCUUAAGGGGUUCUACGCUAAACUUUUCGAUUGUACUGAGUUUGAAACCAAAUUGCGUAGUUUGGGUUAGAAUAGGCUGAGCUGGAGAAUUAUAUUUGGUCUAAAUUAUGCUUUUCUGAUUUCAAUCCACUAAAAUGUGAUCUUCCGUUAAGAAACCCCCCACAUCGCAUAUAGAUGGUGGCGAUGAUUAAAGACAAAAAAGAGAAACUUUUCAAAUUUAGAUUCAUUCUCAAAUUAGUUUGUGUGUCUGUGUUUAUUUUUUUUUUUUCUUUUCCCUUAACCCCCUUAUUUCAUGUUUUCACCUGUAUAAGCCUACUGUAGGACCUCGUUUGGGCUUGCUCGUUAAGUCAUUGUUGUGUACACACAUGUGGCUGUCUCUUUAAAUUUUAAUAGCACUCAGUACAUCGAACUUUGAUCCUCCUCUCUAACAUUGAGGGUGAUGGUAAUAUGAGCACUGCUGGUAGAAAUGUUUGGCAGGAAGCCAGGGAGAACCUAAUCUCCAAGCAUUGUAAUGCAUUUCCUCUUACAAAGGAACCCAUUUUAAAGCUGUGUUGACAUCCUGUUCCUCUUAAUGGCCUGUCCCCUGUGACUUUCUUCUUUCUCUCUGAAUGCCUCAAUGCUUUCAUUGUUCAUUGCACAACAGUUAAAUCUUUUUAUAUUUUAACUUUGAUCCAGAUUAAGUUAGAAAUCACUGUCAUGCAAAUUCAAGACAAGUUAUGGGGGUUUAUUAAUUUCAGUGCUGAUAAUAUUUUAGAUAAGGGUUUUUGUAAAAAAAAAAAAAAAAAAAUUUCUUCUUACUUUGCUUUCAAUUUUAUUUUCUUUCAUAAGAAGUGACAAGGAUAGUCUGUCCUCAAUUGCAUCAUUGUCAAAAAAAGUUAGCUGUACAUACAUGUACCAUUAUUUUUCUUCAUCUCUUAAAGAUGUGUAAUUUAUUAGUGUGUACAUAUGUGACAUUCUAAUGUGGAACUUUAUUUUUUAUUUUUUUUUCCCUUCCCAGAUGAAGCCCGGGGCAAAAGUUGUGGUGUUCUGGUGCAUUGUUUGGCUGGGAUCAGUCGCUCUGUAACAGUUACUGUGGCCUAUCUCAUGCAGAAGCUGAAUCUUUCUAUGAAUGAUGCAUAUGACAUUGUAAAAAUGAAGAAAUCUAACAUCUCUCCUAACUUUAACUUCAUGGGUCAACUUCUGGAUUUUGAGAGGACAUUGGGUCUUAGCAGCCCGUGUGAUAAUCGGGUUCCUUCUCAGCAGUUAUAUUUCACUAGUGCAGGAAACCAAAAUGUGUUUCAGGUAGAUACUCUACAGUCCACGUGAAACGUGCUCGCACUGAAAUGAUGGUGAUAAUCAUUCCUAUAAAGAAAUAAUUCUUUUAGGCUGCUUUGAGAAAGUUGUCGACAGCCCUAUGUGAUUUGGUUCAAGAAGUUCCUGUGUGAAUCAAAGUUUAUUAAAGUUGCAGAAUUGCAAUGGGGGAGAGAGAUGAUUAGUCAAUGUAUCCAAAUGACUUGGAGAAGAAACUUUAAAUGCCUUGGAAAGAUUUGGCAUGCUCAUCGGCACACACUGUCUUAAUGAUACAGUGGCUUUUUGAGAUCCAAACAAAUGCAGAGCUGGACCUUGCGUAUGACCUACAUUCUGUAAAAUUCAGAAGAAUGUUGUUCCGUUCAUGUCUUCUGUGAAGACUGGUUCUCCUAAAAAUUCAAGGAGCCAAAGAAAUGUGUCAACUUCUAAAUAAUUUGAAGUAUUUACUUUUUUAUGUUUCGUUUCUACAUAGUACUGUAAAUAAAUAUUUACUUUUUAUAUGUAGCAUUGUCUGCUCAUCCCUAAAACAUAGAGGUGGGGUUGAGAACACUUUCUUCCUUCUAUAAUUUGAAAAUGUUUGUAGCAUAUCAAUGUUUGAGGGUUUGUGCAUUUUGAUGCACAAAAAAAUUUAAAGAUUUUCUCUGUAUUUUGUUUAUUCAUAUAUGGCUGUAACUUACAUAUGGCUUGUUGCCUGAGCUCUUAUAUAUAUUUUUCUCUUUAACACAUUAAUUGUUCUGAAACUUAAUGUGAAUUACCUCUUGCUCUUACUCUUCUAUUUUAGGGAGUCUCACCUCAAAUGCUGUAUUUUUCAAGUAUGUAAACUGGAAAACAUGUGUGUACCACUGUCAUGCAAACGUUUAGAUUGCACAUUGAUUGCCAAUAAGGGAGAAAUGUUACUCUCCCAAAUGUCCACGGAGUUAAAGUUUUAAGAUUAAGUUUAUUAUAGAAAUGUAAAUCUUUAAAUUAUUAAUAAAUUACUAUUUUGGUUAUUGAAAAA